AUGUCCCGGGGAAUCUUCAGCAGAUACUUCGUCCUCUUCUUCCUCUUGGCCAAAGCGGCGGCGCAAGAAUUCGCCCAGACGCGCUUUAUCUGCACUUCUAUCCCUCUGGAGAUGGAGCCCAUGUGUUCUGCUCCGAUGCAGAACAGCGGUCCGGUGGAGGACAUCAAGGGGACCAUACUCCAGCUCCGGGAAACCAUACUGCAACAGAAAGAGACGAUAAUGAACCAGAAAGAGACCAUCCGGGAGCUCACGGCCAAGCUUAGCAGAUGCGAGAGUCAGAGUAUGUCAGAGCCCUCGCAGUACAACCGGGUCAACACCACCGCCCAGACAAACACCUUGAAAGAUCUCCUGCAGAACAAGAUAGACGAUUUGGAGAGGCAGGUUCUGUCCCGGGUCAACAGCCUGGAGGAAACAAAAAUUCUGGUGAGGAACGACACGACGGAGAACCGGGGCAAGAUUGAGAAUGCUCUCAACUCUCUUCACCAAAGGAUCAGCGAUUUGGAAAAAGGGCAGAAGAAUUCCAGGCCGACUGAUAAAUUCCAGAUCACAUUUCCCUUGAGGACAAACUACAUGUACGCCAAGGUGAAGAAGAGCCUGCCCGAGAUGUACGCCAUGACCGUCUGCAUGUGGCUCAAGUCGAACGCCUCUCCCGGCGUCGGCACCCCGUUCUCCUACGCCGUCCCGGGACAAGCGAACGAGCUGGUACUCAUCGAGUGGGGCAACAAUCCGAUGGAGAUUCUAAUCAACGACAAGGUGGCGAAACUCCCUUUCGUUAUCAAUGAUGGAAAAUGGCAUCACAUCUGCGUUACCUGGUCCACAAGAGAUGGUGUCUGGGAGGCAUAUCAAGAUGGCAUGAAGAGAGGGAACGGUGAAAACCUAGCACCAUGGCACCCCAUCAAACCAGGUGGCAUCAUGGUUCUGGGACAAGAGCAGGACAUGUUAGGAGGUGGGUUUGAUGCCACACAGGCCUUUGUGGGCGAAAUGUCGCAUUUCCACAUGUGGGAUAGGGUCCUGACUCCCGGAGAAGUCUACAGCCUGGCCAACUGUAGCUCCAAGACCCUGGUGGGCAAUGUCAUUGCGUGGACUGAAGCCAACGUGGACAUCUACGGCGGCGCCACCAAGUGGACAUUUGAAGCCUGUCGCCAGAUUAAUUAAUUAGCGAAUGGACUCUCU